CAGUACAUGCGCUCGCUCGACAAAAACAAAGCGGUGACGGAAGGGAGUUGGAGUUGGAGUUUCUAGCUGUCACGCGACUGUUUUAUUCAACUGUCGAAGACCCAUACCAUUGGCCUGAUGUCGGCCGCAAUUAUUUUAACAGCUGUACUCGGUGGUGGCUUUCUACUUAUUGCCCGAAGAAUAUUUUCCAAGCGCAAAUCGGUGAAAUUGCUUUGCUUUCCAGCUGGAACGAUGCGUGGAAAGACCAUUAUUGUGACCGGGGCAAACUGCGGCAUUGGGAAAGCCACUGCCGCUGAGCUGCUGAAACUCCAGGCCCGUGUGAUCAUGGCGUGCAGGGAUAUGCAAAGGGCAGAGGAAGCAGCAGUGGAAAUCAAGAAGACGGCGGGGCCUGACCACGGAGAGGUUGUCCUCAAGCAUUUGGACCUGGCGUCUCUGAAGUCAGUUCGCAAUUUCUGCGAAGAGGUUAUCAAGGAGGAGCCCAAGAUCGACGUGCUCAUCAACAAUGCGGGCAUCUACCAGUGCCCUUACACUAAGACCGAGGAAGGCUUCGAGAUGCAGCUGGGCGUAAACCACUUAGGCCACUUCCUGCUCACGCACCUCCUCCUCGACCUCCUGAAGUCUUCUGCUCCCAGUCGCAUUGUGGUGGUCUCAUCCAAGCUCUACAAGUACGGCCAAAUCAAUUUCGACGACCUGAACAGCACCACCAACUACAACAAGGCCUUCUGCUACAGCCAGAGCAAGCUAGCCAACCUGCUCUUCACCGGAGAACUGGCUCGUCGGCUGGAUGGCACAGGCGUCACCGUCAACGCCCUCACCCCAGGCAUCGUGAGGACCAGCCUCGGCAGGCACAUCCACAUCCCGCUCCUGGCGAGGCCCCUGUUCAAGCUGGCCUCCUGGCUGUUCUUCAAGAGUCCCCUAGAGGGCGCUCAGACGCCACUCUACUUGGCCUGCUCGCCGGACGUGGAAGGCUUGACUGGGAAGUGCUUCGCCAACUGCGAAGAGGAGGUGCUGCAGCCCAAGGCCACGGACGACCAGGCGGCACAGAGACUCUGGGCCCUGAGUGAGGACAUGGUCGGACUGAGGAAGUGAGGGGUGACCUUUGACCCAGCCCUCCACCAGGGCCAUACCUCACAGAUCAUUGAAAGCCCAGCUUGUACAGAUGCUGUGGACGGAUUUUAAAAGAGUGUCCAUUUUCAGGACAUCGCUGCAUGUAAGGGAAUAACAUGAUCCAUAUUGUGUGGGGUUCAGUGAUCUUAGCGUAGGUUUACAUCUGCGUUUACAUCUGCAGAUGACGUGCUGUAAACGAAAUAGACUCCUCAUCAUUUCAUACUACAUAUAUAUAUCUGUGAAAUACUCGAAGCUGGUAGCUUUGAAUGUGUCAACUUGAACUGGACUGAUUUAUUUCCAGCAAUAGCGGGUGCUGUACUUGAAAUGUUAAUUUGGUCACAUAUUAGUGACUUGUUCUUUUUGAAGGGGUGACAAAGAGUGAAUUGGUACAUUGCAUCACCGUGAAUAAAAAUAACUCUGGCAGCGAGUUGCACUGUUCUGAAAAA